AUGUUACUGACAUGUGGUAUCGGCCUUAGGAUCGAGCCAUCCAAGAGGCUACGGCGAGCAGUCCAAAGUAACGAUGCCUUACUUGUCCGCCGCAUCGUCAAAUCCCACCCCGGCCUAAUCCAUAACCCAGAUCAUUCGGCUACCGGUCUUUCCAACUCGAGCCUCCAUCUCGCUGCUAGUCUGGGUUACCUCCAGGUCUGCAAGACGUUAGUUUCUCUCGGCCACGAACUUCCUACGCCCGCCCUCAAUGACAACCAUCAAACAGCCUUGAUGUUAGCCGCCGCCGCCGGUCACACAGAAGUUGUCCUGUUCCUCGCCGAGAACGAUCCCACUUGCAUCCUUCGCCGCGAUAUCCGAGGUAGAGAUGCUAUCAUGGAAGCGAGCAUGGGAGGCCAUGACACUGUCUUGCAGAUCCUUCUCACCUACGCCCCGGGGGGCGCCCAAAAAGCCGUCCAGAAUGCAGACAUUGACGGGAACACAGCUCUACACUUUGCGAGCAGCAACGGAAACCUACUAGUUCUUCGCACCUUGCUCGCCGCGGGGGCCGAUCCAGAGAAGAAGAAUGUCUGGAGCUGGACUGCGAUCGCUUAUAGCGCCACUGUGCAAGCAGAGGUCUACCUUAAAGGCCUAGUAUCUGAGGUUGAGAAGCGAAGGCGGAUCAGGAGUGAUACCGCGGAAGGGAAGAAGGGCAGUACCGUCCGAAUGGUUGAGGAGGAAAUCGGCAUUGCUGGAUGA